AUGAGCAAAGGACAAGUAAUUGAGCGUUUUGUCGGUGUUAAGCAUGUCACUGAUACUACUUCUGCAUCACUGAAGGCAGCCAUUGAUCAAUUCUUUUCAGAGAAUGGAUUAAGCAUAUCUAGCCUCCGUGGUCAAGGUUAUGAUGGAGCUAGUAAUAUGAGAGGAGAAUUCAAUGGUCUAAAAGCACUUAUUUUAAAGGAGAAUGGGUUAGCUUUUUAUGUUCAUUACUUUGCUCACCAGCUUCAGCUGGCUAUUGUGGCUGUAGCAAAAAAUCAUAUCUUAAUCUCUAAUCUCUUCAUGUUUGUUGGUAAUCUGGUGAAUGUUGCUGGAAGCUCAUGUAAACGUCGUGAUUCUCUUCGAGAGAAACAAGUCGCCAAGAUUAUUGAAGAACUUAAUAUUGGUUCUAUUUUAAGUGGGAGGGGCUUGAAUCAGGAAACCACCCUAAAGCGAGCUGGUGAUACAAGAUGGAGCUCACAUUAUGGUACUUUGAUUAGUAUCAUCAACUUAUUUCCAUCUUUAGUUGAAUUGCUUGAAGAAAUAAAAGAGGAUGGAUCAUCUACAGAUCAGAAACAAGAUGCAAGCAGAUUAUUAGACUCAUUGGAAUCAUUCGACUUUGUAUUUAGUCUGCAUUUGAUGAAGGUUUUGUUGGGGACUACAAAUCAAUUAUCACAAGCAUUGCAAAGAAGAGACCAAGAUAUUGUGAAUGCAAUGAACUUAGUUAAAGUGUGUAAGGAGCAAUUGCAAAAUAUGAGAGACAAUGGAUGGGAUGCUCUUCUUAGUCAAGUUGUUUCAUUUUGUGAAAAACAGGAGAUUGAUGUUCCUAACAUGGAUGAUGUUCCUUUUAUUCCAAGAAAAUCACGGCGUAGAGCUCCAAUGGUCACUAAUCUGCAUAGGUAUCGAGUUGAAUUAUUUUGUGCAGUCAUAGAUAUGCAACUUCAAGAGCUAAAUGAUCAUUUUACAGAGACUACUACUGAGCUACUUCUCUAUAUGGCAUGUCUUAAUCCAUCUAAUUCAUUCUCAGCUUUUAGCAAAGAAAAAUUGAUUCGGCUUGCUCAGUUUUAUCCUAAAGAUUUUUCUGCAGUAUCUCUCUUGGCUCUUGAAGAUGAAUUGGACACUUAUAUAUCUGAUAUGCGAAGCAGUAGUGUGUUUACACAAUUGAAAGGAAUUAGUGACCUUGGAGAAAAAAUGGUUGAGACACAGAAGGACAAGGUUUAUCCAUUAGUUUACUUGCUCAUAACAUUGACGCUAAUUCUUCCAGUUGCAACUGCCACUGUAGAAAGAGCAUUUUCUGCCAUGAAGAUCAUAAAAAGUGAUUUACGAAACCGAAUGGGAGACAUGUGGAUGAAUAGCAGCAUGAUUACAUAUAUCGAGAAAGAAAUAUUUGAUGGUAUUGAUAAUGAAACCAUCAUGAAAAGAUUUCAAAAUAUGAGCAAUCGUCGUGGACAAUUGUAA